CUCCGCUCCUUCUCUCCUCCCAGCUCGACACAGCCUCACCUGUCCUCUCACCUGUCGCCCGUACUCAAUACUUCGCAAUUAUCAGCCUUAUUACCAAACUGGAUUAUUACACGUCCAGACUUCAUUCCUCUGACUCCACCAAACGGGACCAAACGUUUUAACGCCUCACCAAAACUUUGAUAAACGCUUUAUGUCAGAAAGGGAUCAUUCGUUUUAAGGUUCAGGGAUUCGGUGUCCUUCAAGUGGGCCUACCUCAGAGCGGUCGGACGUAUGGAGAGUGAACUUUAGCCGGAGCAGCGUUCAGAGUGAUGAACUGAGAGUGAGACUGAACGGAUGUGAAGAUGUCCCGAGGGGACGGAGAGGACUGCGUGUGUUCCGUCGGGAUGAAGUUCACCUGGGACAUCAACGACCCCAAACUACCUCAGGAAAUCAAGCAGUUCGAUCCUUUUCAAGAGUGGACAGACGGUUACGUCCGCUUCAUAUAUAACGGUGAAGAUAAGAACGCACAGAGGCAUUUGUCAGGCUGGGCGAUGAGAAACACCAACAACCACAACUGCCAGAUCCUCAAGAAGUCGUGCCUGGGAGUUGUAGUUUGUUCCAGAGGCUGUACACUCUCUGACGGUACCCGCCUACAACUCAGACCCGCCAUAUGUGACAAGGCUCGGCAGAAACAGCAAAAGAAGCCCUGUCCCAGCUGUAACGCCAGCCUGGAGUUGUUGCCGUGCCGCGGCCACAGCGGCUACCCGGUCACCAACUUCUGGAGGGUGGACGAGACGUCCAUCUUCUUCCAGGCCAAAGGAGUCCACGACCACCCCAGACCAGAGUCCAAGUCAGAGACGGAGGCCAGACGCAGCUCUGUGAAGAGAAGAGUCAGCUCUCCGUUCACUCAGAAAAGACAGUGUUUGGGCCCGGCGUUGCUGUCCUGUGUUGACACUCCAGAUCGCUUGUCCUUUCUCGGCGAGCCAAACUACCCCCUCCAGCCACAGCACUACCCUCCAUUCCAACCGGAACCUUACUACAAUACCCACAAUGCUCUGGGAGAGGCCCCGCCCGCCUUGCAGAAACCCACCAACCCGAGGCUUUACAUGCCUCGGCCAGGGUGUGGCUAUGAGUUCCCCGGUUACCUGGGGUCGGGAAGCUACGCAGCUCCACUCCACAGAGACCCGGCAGCCAAUCACAGCUCGGAUCUCUGUGAUCCACGGGUGGCUCCAGUCCUGGGCUCCUCUUCCUCGUCCUCUUCCUCGUACGACCCCCAGGGCACCAAGGGCUGGAGGGACCUGCUGAAGAACGCCGCCCCCUAUGGAGACAACCACUACUACACCCCGGAGUACCCCUGCCGUUACCCUAGCAACGCGCCCGGCUCCCCCGCCGCCCUGCAGACCAUCAUCACCACCACCACCAAGGUGUCCUACCAGCCCUGCCCCAAGCCGUCCCCCGCGGUGCCGGGCUACCAGCCCUGCCCCCCGGCCAAGGCCCCCCUGGGCUGCUCUUCCUCCCUCCCCGAGGACUCCUCCUCCUCCUACUCCACGGAGGUCAAAGUGACCGAAGAGUCCGGGGGGGUCAUCAAGUCGCUCUCCUUCCAGCCGGACCCCCUCCACGCCAAGACGGAGCGGGGGGAGAGCUACGACUACCGCUGUCCCUAUGGCAACGCGUACCGCUACGAUGAAUACUGAACACCGCCAAUGUAAUAUAUACUUCAAAACCAACGGCUACUACCGAUACAUACCGAAUACUUCUCCUACUAACUACAAAGAUGAUAGUGUUGAGUAGCACUGCUGCUACUCAUUCUACGACUAGUAAUUCUACUGCUACUGAUACUCCUACUAUUACUUCUACUACUGCUGCUAGUACUACUAUUAGUACUACUGCUACUGCUAUCACUACUAAUACAAAUACUUCUAGUCCUGCUACUAAUACUACUACUGCUGCUACUGCUAUUACUAGUCCUUCUACUUCUAUUACUACUGCUACUAUAUAGUAAUACAGUCAUUACUUUUACUAUAUAGCGAUACUGUAAAAACGUAUACUAUAUAGUAAUACAGUCAUAACUUUUACUCUAUAGUAAACCAGUAGUAACGUCCGCUAUAAAGUGAUAAAGUAACAACAACUACAUUUCAAAGCUUUAGACAAAGUGGGGAGUGCUUGCCUUCCUCCAUCGAUGAUUUAAUGGACCUUACUUCUAGACAGAGUAUUAGGAGCCAAGUCUGAGUAAACUAAGGACUGGAUUAUAGGAUCAAAGACUGUCUGAGUAAACCAAGAAUUGGAUUGUGGAAUCAAAGACUGUCCGAGUAAACUAGGGACUGGAUUGUGGAAUCUAAGACUGUCUGAGAAAACCAAGGAAUGGAUUGUGGAAUCAAAGACUGUCCAGGUAAACUAAGGACUGGAUUCUGGUAUCGAACACUGAACACUGAAACAUAAAGUUGAAUUCUACUGAGAACAGACUGAAACAAUUUUACUGUUCUGUAUUUAACAUGUCUGAUACGUUUCUGCCUUGCAUGAUCUUUAUGUUCUGGGUCGAUCUGAGUAUGAUUUACUACACCCUAACAGGAGCCAUAUCUAGUGAACGAAAACUCAGAUUGGGCACUUCAAGCAGAGACUUUGAAAAACCUGGAGGAGAUAAAAGCAUACAGACAUGAGGACGCCUCAAUGUAUCAAGGACAUUGGAAUGAUGCAAGAAGAUCCAUCUCAAUAAAAUAUAUGAUGAACCCUGUUAGAAUGAAUCCCAUUGAUCCUACAAACAUACUUUUAAUCCUACCAUCACCCCUACCAACCGUACUGGAACGAUGCAAGAGCCCUACGAUCUCAGCGGACCCUGGAUAACAGGAUCCAAUCAGUGUUGAUCAAGAAGAUUACUAGAAGUCGAGCCUGAGACCGAGCGGGCACGAAUGUUUCUUCUAAACAUGUUUCACUUGGUUUCAACUCAACCGAUCCACCAGGAAUCCUCCCACAGCCUCAAAGAGAUGGCUAACCUAACCCUAAAAUGGGUGUACUUUUCAGGCUUAAAGUGAUAGAUAUAUCAUCGUCGGAAUGGGCUCCUCAAUCAAACUUGUACUUUUGCAAUGUACCAGCAAAACGUGUAAACCUGUACCAGCAAACACACUUAAUGUAGCCGUGAAAAAACAAGCAGGCUCUCCGUCUCUGUCAUCGAGACAGAACUCCUGUCACGGUUCAUUUGAGUCUGCAGCUAUAGUUCAAAAGGUAGUCAUGUAAGUGAUCAAAGGUAGGAUGUAGAAGACUGUCUGUGAGUAAUAAAUGUUGUUUUGACAAGAGCGCGUAGAGACAUGAUGCAGUGCGACCGUCCCGUGACCCUCUUCUCUGCCUUCUCCCUGCUCUCCGAAGCCAAUCUUUUGUUGUCUCCAGGCGCGCCUUGCCACCAGUCCUUAUAUGUUUGUUUAUUUUUUAUUCCCUUCAUUACUAGCAUUCAGUACAUUAUUAUAUUCUCAGUGUUAAUAUACAUGAUAUAUUAUUCCAUGUUGUAUUAUAUUACAUAGCUUCUGUUGUUAAUUGUAGGCUUUGAACUAGUCGACCAGCAUUUGAACCAUAGCUUUUACAAGUUGACUAGCAUUUAAACUAGCUUUUAUCUAGUUUACAGACAUUUUAACAAACUUUUAACCACUUGACUAACAUUUGAACUAGUCUAGUAGCAUUUUAACUAGUUGAAAAGCCUUUUAACUAGCUGAGGAGCCUUUUUCAUACGGCGUACAAUUUAUGAAGUUAUGUUACUGAUACAUUACAAUACAAUAUAUACAGUACUAUGCAUUCAAAAACAUACAACCAACAUUCACAAAGACUGUAUACAUUUAGCUACCUGUACUACUUUUACUUGCAUCCUUCUGCCUUGCAGCAACCAUCAUAGGCAAACAUAAGAAAACAUGUCAACUUGAACGUUCCUGCCGGAUGGCUUAUACUGGAAGUCGCCGAAGCUGCGCUGCCAUUGGCUGAGGGGGGGGGUCCCAUUAGCUAAGCUGCUGGGUCUGUUGGUGCGAGAUGGGGGAGCAGCUGGCUGAUCCCCUUACCAAACAUCUCCUUAUCCCGGGGAUCUGUUGAAAGGUGUCCCCGUCGCCAUCGCUCCAUCUCUGCUCGCUUACACGCAAAUCAUGUCUUCCUUUGCAUUCUCCUCACCGCUAAAUAAAUCUUUCUAUCCAGUGACAUCAGAUACCUUUUCAAACAAACCCCCUCGGCCCCCUAUAUCCCUCUCACCUCCGACUCCCAUCGUCUCCGCUCAGAUGUGGCCCGGCGUUAAUGGAUGUUUUGGAUUUAAUUCUAUGCGGGUGUUGAUCAACAACAGAGAGAGCGGGGGGGAGAGUCAUAAGGAAAACCGUGAGACAUUAAGAGAUGUAUCCAAAAAAAAGAUGAAUAAGUCUCUCCAAAACUCAUUGAAAAUUGUUAAAAACUCAUUUGAAUAAUGGACUGGUCGAAGAAGGGAUAUAUAGCACAGUUUUUAGUGGAGCACAGGAUAUAGAAGAGUUCUGAGUGGAACACAAGAUAAAGGAGAGUUCUUAAGAUGUAGGAUAGUUCUUAGUGAAACACAAAAUGUAGGACAGUUCCUAUAACAAGAUAUAGCUCAGUUCUUAGGGGAGCACAAGACGUCUCCUUGACUUUUUCAAGAGUUGUUAUCCGUGAGUAAUGCUGAUUACACUGCUGAAAUAUUCUUCUCCACAUCGGGCCAUGCAGAGAUGCUAUCUCGUGGAACAACUCCUGCGCUCUCUGCCGCAGCCAAAGAUCUAAUCAGGACUCGAUGUGUUUGAGAAGAGGGAUUCGCCUAACAAGACAUGUACCUGUUUUGCCAAGACAGGAAUUUAAAAAAUAUAAAAACAGAUGAAGAAACACAUCACACUGCAAAGUAAAAUAGUAGACACCAUGACAUAUAACAGUGAUAAGGCUCAACAUGUUGUUUAACAGUAUAUAAUGGAACGGCUGCUUCCUGCAUAUCGACAAGUCACUUCCUGUUAAGCGCUAGCUGGAGAGGUGUUCAACAGACCUAUCAGUAAGAGGUAGAGGUUAGGGUAAACUAACCUUUACUUAAGCUUACAGCCUACGACAAGGGCCAGACGGAGCAGAAUUUGACAACAGCUUUGGAGAUAGCUGUGGGGCUAGCUGUGGGGCUAGCUGUGGAACUAGCUGUGGGGCUAGCUGUGGGGCUAGCUGUGGGGCUAGCUGUGGAACUAGCUGUGGGGCUAGCUGUGGAACUAGCUGUGGGGCUAGCUGUGGAACUAGCUGUGGGGCUAGCUGUGGAGCUAGCUGUGGGGCUAGCUGUGGGGCUAGCUGUGGAACUAGCUGUGGGGCUAGCUGUGGGGCUAGCUGCGGAACUAGCUGUGGGGCUAGCUGUGGACCAAAGCCUGCCUGACCACAAAAGUGGAACGUGAAAUGACAGUCAGUUGUAGGGUAGAUGUGCUCAAGAGUUGACAUGAGAACAGUCAGUCAGAACAGUCAGUCGCAGAUCCAUGUGUGGAUCCCACACAUGGUUUGAGUCUAAUUUAAUUAGACUCAAACGAGGGAGAAGUUCUUCUUAGGAAGUUGUUUAUGUUGAUCCAAACUAGUCCGACCUGUUUCCUUUUUAAUCUGUUCAUCCGUUCUUCACCACUCGUAUCAUUCCUGUUCUUCCAUUGCUUCUAUCUCCUCCAUCUCAGGUCUAAUCAGCAGAGUUCAUCACAGUGAGGACACAGACUCACGUCACGUAGGCAUUAAGACCAUCCGGGCUUUCAGACAACCUCAGCCGCAUGCUGGUAGCUUUGAAGUGACUUCCAAACAAACCUGGGCUCAGAUUGGAAGAGGAGAGGGGACCAUGGUGGGGACCAACGGUGGCAUGGACUCAGACAGCAUCUGGAGAUAAAUGCAUCGAAAACAAUGGCUGCUGAAUAAACCUUGCAUGUAUACCUACGUUUAAGACAUGCAUACAGUAUGUACGAUGUACGUACAUACAUAAAUACAUGCAUAAAUACAUACAUACAAACAAACACAUAAAUACAUGCAUAAAUACAUACAUGCACGCAUACAUACACACAUACAUACAUACAUGCACAUACACAUCCACACAUAUACACAUGAUAGUACUGUGUGCAUGGGAAUAGUCAAACUCUCUGACUGUCUACAAAGCAGUUCAUUGGUUCAUUGAAAUAAGACAAAGCAAAGUUUAUCUUUUGGAGACGACAAGACAGACAGACUGUUGCAACAUGUCGACAGAGAGACAUAGGAAGAGAUGGUUAAAGAGACAUAAAUAUAUAGAGACCCAUCGAUUAAAAACAUAAAGAAAGAUAGAGAGACAUAGAAAGAGAUAGUUAGGCAUAGAAAUAUGCAGAGACCCAUAUAUAGACUACGUAUUUAUACUGAGAGAGAUAGAGAAAUAUAGAGGGAGAGGGAUGAGUUUUGAGCCAUAACUUAUGGAGAGAGAGAUACAUUUAUACAUAUUUGAUUGAUUUAUUUAAACUCGAAAAAUGAUGAUGUCGAGUGAAUACAUUGGAAUACAAAGUACAAGGGAAAUACAAAGGAUACAUAGAUUUAGGAAUUUAACAGAAAUAACAGGAUAAAAAAUGUUAAGAGCAGUAAAAGAAAACAAACGAACAUGAAUGAGACAGGUGGUCUUUCAGCAAUGUCUUAAAAAGGUUCAAUGGAACCAAAGGGUUAAUGCCUAGCUCAUGCUGCAGGGUAACAGAUUAGCUAUUUAUGUUAAUUAAUGUCCAAAGAUAUACGUUUUUGUCUAUUUCUGUUGUGUGAAAAUAAUAUGUAAAUUGAGGAUGUAUAUAAAUGUCAACAGAGGAAUAUAGUAGGAAUGAAUGUCAACAAAAUGUGUUCAUUAAUAUCAACAGAUUAACAGUUUCCAUUGCAAAAUAAAAUGUCGACAGAGGAUUUGUUUUUGUUUU